AUUGCAGGGGAUUAAAUAUCAACAGCUUCACAUUUCCUCGAAGCCCUUCAGACUUCAAUCUCCACGACUAUGCAGCAUCGAGAAUGGGGCAUGAGAUUGUCAGAUCAACUGCUCAAUGGACAUCGACCUCUUGUCUGAUACCCCAGAAGAGAAUCAACUGCUUUUGUUACCAAACGUGCUUCCACACUUACCUAGCACACUGAUUACAGAGGAACCUUCAGAGUUCCUGCACGAGAACCUUCUUCAUACAGAAAUAUCUGAGCCUGAUGUGUCCGCACUCUCGGUACCAGCUGCCGAUGCUCACCAAUCUGUGAUAACCAAGAUUGAAGUGGUCUUCGAGUCCAUUGCGGACUGUAUCCUCAGCGGCAGGAAAGAGCUCGAGAUCCAGCUGAAGAGCAGAACAACCUGGAAAGAGACUGCUGUACAAAAUGGGGUUGAUGGGACUCGACCGAAGAAAUCUCACCUGCGGAAGAUCAAGUUUCCAAGUAAAUGUCCAAUUGAAGCCUGGAGAUUUACUGUUCUUUGUCGUAUAUUAGAAUUGUCCCACGAAGCUUUGAUAUCUGGAGUUGUCACCACCAAAAGAGAUAUUUAUUAUCGAGAGUCAGAACUAUUCACCAAACAGUCGAUUGUUGAUCGAUACGUGGAUGACAUUGCAUAUACAUUUGGUAUCAAUAGAGAUGCGUUGAAUGUGGCCGCAGCAGCAAAGGGCUUAAUGAUAGGAAACCUCAGUGUCACAAAAAGGGGCGGUCAUAGAAUUGAGUAUUGGUCUGAGCCAGAGGGCAUAUUGAUUCCAAAGUCCGAUGAUUUAGAGGAUGUAUAUCUAGGGGGAACGCGGUGGAUUGUAGUUGUUGAGAAAGAGGCCACCUUCCGAUCCCUUGCAGCAUGCAGAUAUUGGCAAAAUUGUAUAGCGGGAAAUGGUAUCUUGAUUACCGCAAAAGGUUAUCCCGACAUCCAAACACGGCAAUUUCUCCAUUUUCUAGCCACCCGUUUCCCACGAAUUCCCAUAUAUGCUCUUGUAGACUUCGACCCUGAUGGCAUAGGCAUAAUGUCGACCUAUAAGCACGGAUCCAAAGCUCUAGCCCACGAGAAAAAUGUUGCCGUUCCAUCACUACAUUGGCUUGGUAUUCGAAGCUUGGAUUUCACAACAGAUGACAGCGUUCAGGGUCUUCUCAGUCUCACCAAGAGGGAUAGAAAUAUUGCCAAGAAAAUGCUAGCGAGACAAGAUGUGGAGACAGGGGACCAAGAAUGGCGGAGAGAGCUUCAGAUGAUGUUGAUGCUCAAUAUGAAAGCGGAGAUUCAGAUUUUAGGCAAUGAAGAUAAGCUGAGUAUAUGGUUAGACAGGAAGCUGUCGGAAGCUGUGUAUGAUGCAGAUGGAGAUAUCUCUAUGUCACAACCAGAAUAAAUUAAAGAG